AUGCUUCCACCAACCGUGUUCCUCAUCAACUGUGUCCCCACCAACCGUCUCUCCACCCAACUGUGUUCCACUCAACCAGGUUCCACCAACUGUGUCUCCACCAACUGUGUCCCACCAACUGCGUCCCCACCACCGUUCCACCAACCGUGUCCCCAUCAACUGUGUCUCCACCAACCGUCCCCACCCAACCAGAGUCCCCACCAACUGUGUUCCAACCAACUGUGCAUCCACCAACUGUGUUCCACCAACUGUGUCUCCACCAACCGUGUCUCCACUCAACUGUGUCCCACCAACUGCACACCAUCAACUGUGUCUCCACCAACUGAGUCUCCACCAACUGCUCCACCAACUGCUCCAUCAACUGUGUCACCACCAACUGUGUCUCCACCAACCGUGUCUCCACAAACUGUGUUCCAACUGUGCUCCAUCAACUGUGUCUCCACCAACUGA